AUGCUUUUAGACCAGCUAAAAGAGAUCACAGGAAUUCAAGACUCCGCUUUCCUUCAUGAGGCUCUAAAGGCUGCUAAUGGAGACCUGACAGAAGCAGUCACCUUCCUGACGGAGGAGAAUGCCCAGGAGCCAGCUCGGGAUGUGGCUGCUGCAGAGCCGUCCGCUUGGGAAGGGAGCGCGGCGGGCAAACAGCCCCCACAAAAUGUUACUACUGCAGCUACCUCAAACAACAAAGACGACCUCCGUGUGAUUGACACCUUGAGACCACUGGAAUCACCAAAAACUCAGGCUGCAGAGAGGGAUGCUCCCGAGAGGCCACAGGAAGCACAUUCUGCUGAAAACAAAAGCCGCUCCAAAAGAAAACGCUGUGAAGUCUGGGGAGAGAACCCCAAGCACAAUGACUGGAGGAGAGUGGGCGACUGGCCUGUUGGGAUGAAAAACAUUGGAAAUACGUGCUGGUUUAGUGCCGUCAUACAGUCUCUGUUUCAGCUACCAGAAUUUCGGAGGCUGGUCCUUGGGUACUCCCUCCCACAGCAUGUGCUCGAAAGCUGUCACACUCGCGCUGGAAAAAGAAAUGUUGCAUUCAUGCAAGAACUUCAGUGUCUGUUUGCCUUAAUGCUGGGGACCCGGCGCAAGUUUGUUGACCCUUCUGCAGCACUGGAACUCUUGAAGGGUGCGUUCAGAACCACUGAGGAACAGCAGCAAGAUGUGAGUGAAUUUACACACAAACUGCUGGACUGGCUGGAGGAUGCGUUCCAGCUCACUGUGAAUGUCAAAAGCCCCGAGGACAAGUCUGAAAACCCAAUGGUACAGCUUUUCUAUGGGACUUUCCUGACUGAGGGUGUCCAUGAGGGCAAUACCUUUUCCAAGAUUGAAACCUUCGGUCAGUAUCCCCUUCAGGUAAACGGUUAUCGAGACUUGAAUGAGUGCUUGGAAGGAGCCAUGGUGGAGGGAGAGAUUCAGGAGGCGACCUCAUCUCAGUCGGGCAAGUACAGGCAGGAGCGCUGGUUUACAAAGCUGCCGCCCGUGCUGACCUUUGAGCUCUCCCGAUUCGAGUUCAAUCAGUCACUGGGACAGCCCGAGAAGAUUCACACCAAGCUAGAAUUUCCCCAGACCAUUUACAUGGACAGGUACCUCUAUUGCAGUAAAGAGCUUAUUCAGAUGAAGAGAGAAGAGAUGAAGAGAUUGAGUGAGAAACUGGUGAUUCUGCAGCAGAAACUGGAGAGGUACAUGAAGUACGGCUCUGGCCCAGCCCGCUUCCCACUGCCCGACAUGCUCCAGUAUGUGCUGGAAUUCGUUGCCACAAAGCCAGCUGCAGCUCUUCCUCCUGCUCAGGGCUCUCAGACAACAUCCCUGCAGUUGCAAGCUGAGCCUUGUGUUUUGGAUGUGCUUUCACAGCCAAAGGGCAUACUAGAAAGGAGGGACAGUAGGACAGAAGAUGGAGCUUUCUCUUCACCGCAGCAAGACUCGAGUGCUCCUCUGCAGCUUUCUGGUGCAGCAUUAGCAAUGUCUGAGCAUCCGGCUCCUCACAUGGUUUCUGAGGAGGAGCUGAACCUGGUUCGGACCUGUCUAGAGCGAUGGAGAAAUGAGAUCGAGCAAGAUGUGCAAGAUCUGAAGGAGUCUAUUGCCAGAAUCAGCCUGUCCAUUGAACAAAUAUACUGCGACCCUCUCCUCCAGCAGGUUCCCUAUCGCUUGCACGCAGUCCUGGUACACGAAGGGCAAGCGAACGCUGGUCACUACUGGGCCUUCAUCUACGAUCAGCCUCGGAAAAGCUGGCUCAAAUACAAUGACAUCUCCGUGACGGAAUCCUCAUGGGAAGAGCUGGAGAGAGAUUCAUUCGGGGGCUUGAAGAAUGCCAGUGCCUACUGCCUGAUGUACAUCAGUGAGGAGGUGUCCCACCCUGUGGCAGAUGAGGAAGCCAGCCCCGAGGUUGGACAGUUUCAGAAGGAAGUCGAAGACUUGCCCCUGGACCUGAGGCACUACAUCCAGGAGGACAACUGGCGGCUCGAGCAGGAGGCUGAGGAGUGGGAGGAGGAACAGUCCUGCAAGAUUCCCCAGAUGGAGCCUUCACCCACUUCUGACUCGCAGGAUCUCUCUUCUGAAUCAGGCCCAGAUCAGGCGUCGGGCUGCGUGUGCUCCCUGUCCUCAGAGCACGCCAGGAUCGCGCAGGAGCAGACGGCCAAAGCCAUCGCCAACAGCGCCGACACCUACGACAGGAACGGCGUCGAGGCGGCGCUCUGCGAGGUGAUGCUGAGUCCAGCCAUGCAAGGUGUCAUCCUGGCUAUUGCAAAAGCCCGCCAGACCUUUGAUCGGGAUGGGUCUGAAGCAGGGCUCGUUAAGGCAUUCCACGAGGAAUACUCCCGGCUCUACCUGCUUUCCAAGGAGACCCCAACCCCUCAGAACGACGCCCGGUUGCAGCACGUGCUCAUUUACUUCCUGCAAAACAACGCUCCGCAGCAGGUCGUGGAACGGACCCUCCUCGAGCAGUUUGCAGACAAAAACCUCAGCUAUGACGAAAGGUCCAUUAGCAUCAUGAAGGUAGCACGAGCAAAGCUGAGAGAAAUCGGUCCUGACGAUGUCGAUAUGGAGGAGUACAAGAGAUGGCACGAGGACUACAGUCUCUUCCGCAAGGUGUCCGUUUACCUGCUGACAGGGCUGGAGCUGUACCAAAACAGGAAGUACCAGGAGUCACUCACCUACCUGGUGUACGCCUACCAGAGCAACACCAACCUGCUGCAGAAAGGCACCAAGAGAGGAGUGAGCGAAUCCCUGAUUGCCUUGUACAGAAGGAAUUGUCUCCUGAAGCUGAACGAGGUGGCAGCAUCUAUGUUUGUAAGCUGUGAAGAAGCUCGUGUGGCAGAGGGCAUUAGCAUCCUGAACGAGCUGAUCAUCCCCUGCAUGCACCUCAUGAACAACUUUGAGAUCUCCAGAGAGGACAUGGAUGCCAUCGAGGUCAUGAGAAACCGCUGGUGCUCCUACUUGGGUCGCGAAGACAUGGAUGCAAAGCUGCAGAUGAGGCUGGGUGAAGUCCUGCCCCGGCUCCUUGACUGCCCCAGCGAGGUCAUCUUCCUGAAGGAGCCACCAAAGAUCCGGCCCAACUCCCCCUACGACCUGUGCAGCCGGUUUGCAGCCGUCAUGGAGUCCAUCCACGGCGCCUCAACCGUCGCCGUGAAAUAG